AGCGGCAGUUUUAGGUCCGGGUGGAGGGUCACCGCAGGAGACCCAGCACGUGUUCACACUCGGAAAAAUCGACCUCCAGUACCUGUAUUUAUUCAUUGAAUUGACGUAUUACUUUAAAUUAUAUGACUUAUUAAUGCCUCGAGCUACAGUUUAAUUCCUGAAGUAACUUCUAGUCGUGGAGGAAAUGUAUUAAUGUCGCACAGACUGCAAGUUCUUCUUUUUUUUAAACCUUUCCUCACUGCCUCAGAUAAAAAAGGUUUCACACAACUUUGGUAUUGUACUCCUCAAUUUUGCUGACGACAUGAAGCUGUAGAUCCGUUUUACGAGCAGUUUUGGAAAGCGCUGAAUGAUCACUUUUAGUUUGGUUUACAGUGACAGUAGUUUGACGGUGAGAUUGAGCUCCAUGAGUGGCUACAUGAGAAGACUGUAUGAAUAUGAUUGAGAAACAAACGCUGGAAGACACAAAACUAAACGAGGAAGGUAAAGCUGAUUUGGAGAACCAUGUCAAGCUGGAAGCGGGUGAGGAGGCGAAGCUUCCUGGUGAUCAAAUCCCGGAGGACGUUCACGAAGCGCCGCUACCCACCCGCCUGUACAAGCGGCGCUGGUUGAUUGUUCUCCUGUUCAGCUUGUAUUCAUUGUGCAACUCUUACCAAUGGAUCCAGUACGGAAUCAUCAGCAAUAUUUUCAUGAAGUUCUACGGCGUGGACGCCUUCACUAUAGACUGGAUGUCUAUGAUUUACAUGCUGACUUACAUUCCUUUCAUCUUCCCGGUGACCUGGCUGCUGGACAAAAAGGGACUUCGGGUCAUCGCACUCGUGGCCACGGCGCUUAACUGCGCCGGGACGUGGAUCAAGGUGGCCAGCGUCCAACCCGAACUGUUCCCCGUCACCUUUUUGGGACAGUUCUGCUGCUCGUUUGCACAGGUGUUCAUCCUCGGGAUGCCUUCAAGAAUCGCCUCAGUGUGGUUUGGUUCAGAAGAGGUGUCCACCGCCUGCUCAAUAGGAGUCUUUGGGAAUCAGCUGGGUAUUGCCAUUGGGUUCCUCGUGCCUCCUAUCCUGGUGCCUAACGUGGAUGACAUGGAGGAGCUGGCUCACCACAUCAGAAUUAUGUUCUACAUAACAGCAGGAGUGGCAACGUUUCUCUUCAUUCUUGUUGUUUUUGUUUUCCAGGAGCGUCCAAAACUUCCUCCGACUCAGGCUCAGGCCACAGCUCGCAGCAUUCCACCAGAGCAGUACUCCUACACAGCCUCCAUCCUUAGGCUGCUCCGUAACAAGCCCUUCAUCCUCCUCAUCAUCACUUAUGGUCUGAAUGUUGGCUGUUUCUAUGCUGUUGGAACCCUGCUGAACCGCAUGAUCAUCGAACAUUACCCUGGAGAAGAGGUGAAUGCUGGGAGGAUCGGCCUCACCAUCGUCAUCGCAGGGAUGGUCGGCUCCCUUAUCUGUGGAGUUUGGCUUGACAGAACCAAAACUUACAAGCAGACGACGCUCGCUGUCUACUUCAUGUCAUUGGUGGGGAUGAUUGUCUACGCUGCCACACUCAACCUGGGACACCUCUGGGUAGUUUUCAUCACCGCUGGAGCUCUUGGGUUCUUCAUGACGGGCUACCUGCCUCUAGGCUUUGAAUUUGCAGUUGAGCUGACAUACCCAGAGUCAGAGGGAACUUCCUCAGGACUACUUAACUGUUCAGCACAGGUAUUUGGGAUUAUAUUCACCAUCUGCCAGGGGAAGAUCAUCGACAACUUCAGCACACUGGCAGGAAACAUCUUUUUGUGUGUCUUUCUUCUAAUAGGCACAAUAAUGACAGGUUUAAUUAAGUCCAACCUACGGAGACAAAACGCAAACCUACUCGCCAAAGCAGCCGCGGAGAGGCAGAUGUCGAGACAAGACUACGGAGCAACAACACUAAUCUACCACCCGCAGACUCCUCCCUCUCAAGCCUGAUCAAAACUUUUCUGUUUAAAAAAAUCUCCUCAAAUCUUAGCUCAACUCACAGAAGCACAAAGGAACCUCCUGAACGUCAGACUGGAAACCUGGAUGCACCUUCUAUCAUCAAAGAGGCUCAUCUUUAAACACAUACAAUAAACCUCAGAAACGACCGUCAUCUCCUUCCUGCAACAGUCUAAAAUACUGAGGAUCAGAAUACUUUUAGGUCCAUUUCCCUUCUGAGUAGUCGAGAUGUACAAUGUUUUAAAAUUGAAUAAGAUUUAUUGAUCAUGAAAGUUUUCAAGAUAAGUGAUUUCACUAAAUCUGCAAGACAAAUCUAGAAAACAAUUGUGCCUUGACAGUUUUAUAUGUGUUUGCUAGCACAAUGACUUAUUUUAGGUAUAUACAAAUACCAUUAGCCUACCAUGAUGAGUCGGUACUAGUUUGGUCAUUACAUAGACAGUGGUCCAUGUAAAUACAAUGUAAAUUUUUUUCUUAUUAUAUUUUGUAGAAGAUUGUGACAAAUUUUCCUAUGUAAAGCAGUUUGCAGUAAUUUAAAAAUAGAACAAAAAUGUCCAGGAACUACAGUGUUUGUAUUUGUAACACAUUUCCUAUUUAUUU